ACAUUUUGGCAAUGGUUAUAGUUCUGAGACAGUAAGGAAAACUGCAUAUAUGCAUUAUAUGCUUAUUGUCAAAUGUGACAGUUUAGCUUUCUUGAUGUGUGUCCAGAAAAGAACACUUUCCAUACAAUGAAUUUGGAAACCUAGUGUUAAGAAAUUAUAUAUGAUAAAUUAUAUAUACUUUGUAAUUUAUAGGCUAGAGAGAAUCACAAAGAAUCAACAAUAUAAUCACACGAUAAUUAUAUUGUUGUUGAUUAAUCAGUGAAAAUACACAUAACACGGAUAAGAUAAGAUACGCAUGAAUUAAGUCAAGAUUAUUAUCACUAAAUUUAAUUUUGAUGUGGUGCCACCAAAGCUUUUUUUUUUAGUUGCCAAAGCUUUUUUUGUUGUUAAGAGCUUUUCUCUUUAAAUGGUGAAAAUGCCCAGUGAAAUUUGAAAGAACAUAACACACGGCGGCAAAGUUGCCAAACGGGGUUUGACUUUUGACCAAAUGGGCAAAUCUUUCGUAAUCAGUUGGGCUUGGAAGGCCAGGCCCAUUUUAACAUUAGUUUGGACCCAGGCCACCCACUUUCCUGGUUUUUGGAGUUGGACGAAAUAAGUUUGUUGCGAUGGGUCGGACCAACCGGUUCAUCCGUGGAAAGGAAGUUACUGCAGUUCGACCGGUUAUAAAUGUUCCGGGCAGGAAAGGAAAGUCGAAGGCAAGGGAGGGAAACUAAUCCCUAAAUUUGAUUCAUUGAUUCUCCUCAUCGCCAAAAGCAACACAGAGCCGCCGCCCCUAUCGCUUUUAACCUCCUCCAGUCUCCGGCGACCCGUCUGCUCCGCCAUCCAUCUGCCGCAUCACCCUUUCUCUUCCGUAUUCCCAUGGUCUGCCAAUCAGAGGAGAUCUCUUGACGACUCUAAGCCUUUCCAGCUGCGGCACACCUGCGGCGACAGCGAUUAAUUGUUACGUGGCGAGAGAACAUAAACCCUAAGGAGAAGGCGACCAGCCCUAUCAACGUUCAUUUUAUCAUCGUCGAGCGAAGAAAUAUCUAGGGAGAGAAGCCUCUGUCAAAACUGCCAACUCUUUGUUCUUGCUGCUAAUUCAGGUAGAUAUCACUUUUCUGGUUUCCCAUUUCAUUUUUUCCUCCUGUCCCGCUAAUCUUAAUGUAGUAGCUCAGAAAUUACAAGCCUCUAUUGAAAUUUUAGCAUUCCUGAGAUGAUUAGCUAGAAUUGGUGGAGAAUAAAAGAAAGACAGAGAGAAGGCGAUUACAUUUCGCUUACAUAAUGUAUUGUUAUGCUGUUGCAGGUCUCUGAAAUAUUUGAUACUAGCUGGUAUCUUAUCAGGAUCGUGUUGCUUCCUCAUAAACGAUGGCUGGCAGAAUCAUUGCAAAUUUGAUUGUGGUAGGCUCUGGGGUGUUGGUGAGGGCAUUUGCUCAGGCUUAUCGUCAAGCGCUUCAAAAUGCUUCGAAGAACGGUGUUGCACGUGAAGCAGUGGAGAACAUGAAGAAAGUGGGUAAGGCGAUGAGCGAGUCAGAGGCCAGGCAGAUUCUAGGAGUUUCCGAAAAUGCAUCGUGGGAAGAGAUUAUAAAGAAAUACGAUUCAUUGUUUGAGAACAAUGCCAAGAAUGGCAGCUUCUACCUGCAAUCCAAGGUGUUCAGAGCUAAAGAAUGCCUAGAAAGUACAGUCAAGAAGGAUGGUGAAAAAGUUAUGAGCUGAUGAAGUUUUCACCCUUUAUGAUCGUCUCCAAGCUGCAGGUGCACAUAUACUUAGAAAGACGCAUUAGCUCAAAAAGUUUUAACUGUGAUAUGGGUAUGGAAUGUUGAGGAUCAUGUAAUCCCAUGACCAUGGUUUGGGAUACCCGUCCGCAUAGGCUGGUUUUAUGAGUUACACCAAACGGAUGACCAAGGCAGUAUGCCAGUAUCUUUUUGUUACAGUUUGAACUGUUAGCCUAGCGGUUUGGUUGGCACUAAAAAGAAUAAAGAAAGCCGAUGUGGAGUUCUUUUGUUUUUUGUUGUUGUUGUUGUCGUCGUCAUUACCGAUAUGGGCUUUCCACCCCCUAUUUCAAGUGGUUGGUGUUGGGCCUUCUUGGAUCUCCUUUUGCUACUUGGGCUUGUAAUAUGCCUUCUCACAGACUGUGUGGUUGGAUUUGGAUCCAUUUCUGUCAAUCUUCUUUCCACUUACGAUUUUGAGCUACUACUUUUUUGAAUCUUGAAAUCUCUUAGCACGUUUCCUUUGUCAUUGAGUUGUCCCACUUGGAAGGAACUAGCAUAGCAUGGGUCACAAUUGGGUUUGGUGUUUGGAUGUCGUUAUGGUUUCACAUAAUACUCCACAAUUUGAAGUUGGAAGUCGGUGCUCAUCAACUUGGAAGGGCCCAUACAGUGUAGGUAUGGUUUUAGGGAAUGAAAAACUAAGAAAAAUAUUUGUGGUGGAAGUACGUAUCUUUCUUCUACAUAAGAACAAAGUAGUGUAAUGAGUUGGGUGAGUGGUCCACUAAGCAACGAACCUGCCCAAUUGAUUCGCUGGCUACCUUCCUUUCGGCAAUGAUACCAUACGACACUACUCUUUCUAUAAACUUGCUCGCUCGCUCGCUUGCUUUCGGUGGCCCUCCACAAUCCACGACCAUACACCGUGAAAUGCAAAAGUAGAGUGCCAAAGCAAAGAACAGCCUGCCCAGCCGCGACCUUUCAAGCUUUGACAAGGCUGAUGAUUCAUGUCCUCUACUUACAUUUCUCCCAUGAAAGUGGCUUCUUCAAUAAUAUCCAUAUAAGAAUCUAAUCAGAUGAAUGACAGGGACUAGUAGAAUCUCUAAACCAGUUACAAUAACGUAUUCGGUUUAUUUAAUUGGAUGGUUAGAGAUAGACCCAACGUUUUUUGACAUGAAACUAGAUGAACCAUUUCGAUUUGACUGGUUCAUACAGAAAAUUUAAGAAAAAUAUAUUAUAUCGUAAACUAACAUCAUCCAACCUUGAUCAAUAAUUUUAUUUAUCCUUCCUUUCAUUCAUUUUGUAGCCUCCGUGUCAGCCUUACGUGAUCCACUAUGAAUUGCCACCCUGAUUAGUGAUUACUAAAUUGAAUUUAAUGAAAAAGAAUUUUGAUUUCCUUUGUGAAAUAGUUUGAAUACUCUGUAAGAACUUUUUGGAUAUAGAUGAUAUGGAUGCGAAAUUUUUUAUGGUUAUUGAUAAUUUCAGUCAUAAAUUAAAAAAAAUUGAUGUUCUUUGUGAAAUAGUUUGAAUACCCUGUAAGAAUUUUUUGGAGAUAGAUUAUAUGGAUGCGAAUUUGUUUAUGGUUAGUGAUAAUUUCAGUCAUAAAUUAGUGUGUUAUACAUGUCUUUUAUGUUUGCGUGAAUGAUUUUGUCAACGAUUAACUAAUUGUUAAUUGUUGAACCAUCAACCACAAACACUAACUUUGUCGGUUAGUAUUCUAAAAACAUUGUCCCUUAUUAGUUACUAUUGUUCUUGACUUGUAUGCAAUCAGUGCCAUCUCUCAACCUUUUAAUUAGUGAAUCCUUGGUCUAAGGUUGAAUUAUGGAAGCGUAGUAUUUAAAACUUAUAAGCCAUAAAAGUAGAACAUAGUU